UGCUACUACUGCUACUACUGCUAGUACUCCUGCUAUUGCUGCUAUUGCUGUUGCUAUUGCUACCCUUGUUGCUGACUGCUCUUGCUCCCACCGUGACUGGCUACUACUGCCAUGUUCUCCAUCCUCUCCGGCGGGACGAACCUCGCAAAGCAAGUCAAAGUCCUUGAAACAUCCACAAGAGACCAUGAAAAUGCCCUCAAACGCAAGCGCGAUGCAAUAACAAGCCUCGAGCCCAUCUCUACACCUGAAGCUUGCACUGUCUUGAGAAGGCAGCUACGCAUCUCAGUGACAGGAGAACCUGCAGACGAUCCCAUCUUCCCCAUUACCCAUUUUAAAGCUGCAUUGCCUGCAUUCUUGCUCCCAAACUUCGAGACAUUGGGCAUCGAGAGUCCAACGCCCAUUCAGAUGCAAGCCAUGGCGGUGAUGCUGCGUAAAUUUGACCUGUUUGCCUGUGCACCCACGGGUUCCGGCAAGACACUUGCCUUUGCGCUACCCAUCCUCGCUUCCCUCAAACGGCACAAGGAAGAUGGCUACCGUGCCGUUGUGCUGAGUCCAACACGCGAACUCGCAACACAAAUCCACGAGCAGUUCAAGCAGCUGACACCCAAAACCGGCAUCAAGUGUAACUUGCUCACUAAAUCCAAUGCGACGAUUCAAGGCACAAAGGAACCUGGACUUGCACGGCAUUACGAUAUCCUCAUCACCACACCACAACGGCUCGUGAACGCCAUCAAGGAGGACAAAAUCGAUUUGUCCAAAGUCCGGCAACUUGUGCUGGAUGAGGCGGAUCGCUUGUUUGAGGAAAACUUUGUCGAACAAACUGAUGAGAUCUUGGCGGCUUGCACAAGUAGUAAAUUACGCAAGGCUUUGUUUAGUGCGACUUUACCGAGUGGCGUUGAGCAGCUUGCCAAGAGUGUCAUGUCGCGGCCCAUUCGUGUCAUUGUCGGAAAGAAGGAUACGGCGACCGAUUUGAUUGAGCAGCAGCUCAAGUACGUGGGCACCGAACAGGGCAAGCUCAUGGAAUGUCGCUCACUUGCCAAGUCUGGCGCAUUGAAGCCACCUGUACUUAUCUUUGUGCAGAGUAUUGACCGAGCGAAGCAGCUCUACGAGGAACUCGAUCAGGAGGGUCUCAAUGUCGAUGUGAUCCACUCCGACAGGCCACAAGUCCAGCGCGAUGGAGUCAUCACAAACUUCCGGGAAGGCAGGACAUGGAUUUUGAUUGCUACUGAAUUAUUAUCUCGUGGUAUUGAUUUCGAAGGUGUCGAACUAGUCAUCAACUACGACUUCCCACAAUCCGUGCAGUCCUACAUUCAUCGUAUUGGUCGAACAGGACGUGCUGGACAUCGUGGCAAGGCCAUCACCUUCUUUGCAAAGGAAGAUGGACCAUUUCUGAAAUCAGUGGCGAGCGUCAUUCGUGCGUCGGGUGGCGAGGUACCGGACUGGAUGCUUGACCUCAAGAAGCCCUCGAAAAAGGAAAAGAAAGCGCUUCGCAAAAAGCCUGUUGAGCGGAAAAACAUUAGCACAACAUCGCGAUAUGAAAAGGAAAAGGAGGCACACAAGAAGCAGAUGAUUCGCCAAUCGCUCGUGGCAAAGAAUCGAAAAGAGAAGGAGGUUCAGUCGGCAUAGAGCAUUUCAUUAGGCAUACAAAUAUUUACUUGAUGCAGUGAGCGAUAGUGCUAGACUUGGCCUUGCAACUUGCUGAGCAGAUUCUUGAUGCGAUCGCCCAUCCGUGGCUGCCCUCGUUUCGUCAUUGAAUGUUCUCGCUUGGUUGC